UGCCUCACACAUCCGGUGUGGUUGUGUCAUCUAGCUUGAUGCAGGGGUGCUGUCGACAGCCUGCAGCUUCAGCAAAUAAAGCAGACUAUUUUAUCCCGGGUAUUUAUAAUCGUUCCGGAAGAUGGUGGCUAAACAGAGGAUCCGCAUGGCCAACGAGAAACACAGCAAGAACAUCACGCAGAGAGGAAACGUAGCCAAGACGCUGCGACCACAAGAGGAGAAGUAUCCUGUGGGUCCCUGGCUGCUUGCCCUCUUUGUAUUUGUUGUGUGUGGAUCAGCCAUAUUUCAGAUCAUCCAGAGCAUCCGAAUGGGGAUGUGAUGCAGAAGAAGCGUCCGGACUCCCGCACCCCCCCUCAUGCCUUCACUGAGCCUGGCUAGCCUGCACCUGCACACCCCUGACCCCUUCCAGAGGCCCAGAGACUGACGCCAAAGCUUCGGAUCCAGCAGACCUCAGAGAGAGAAGCUUCCCCAACCACUGCCUCCACCAACCCCUCCUGGGGACAUCUGCCUACCCUCGAUCAGCGUUUACAGUGUUGCAGUCUCUGGUACAGACAACUUUUCUAUUGACAGUCUAAAACCACGCCGGCUGGACAACGUUUGUGUGUCUCAUUGCUCCCUUGGCACCUGUGUGUUUGUGUGUGUGUGUGUGUGUUUGAAGUUGUGACUGCUGAUUUGAGAGUGUGUGUGGCCAGUGACUCCUGCUGACAAUGUGCCAUAUCGGUCUGUUCAAGUAUUCGUCUGUGUUAUGUGAGAAGAAUCUUUUUUCAAAUAAAUGUCCAACAUUUAGGAAGCACCCAGUUUUACUUCUGAUUUGUAAUAAUACACACCCACACACACCAAGUAUUGCAAACAAGUUAUAUUGUCUGCAUUUCAGUGGUGCAAAAUUACAGAGAAACCUCCAAAGAAAUGGUGAGGCAUUUAAGAGUUACCUAUUGAUUUUGUUUUUUAGUUGAACCUUAAAAUUAAUCUAUGAACUUCCAUCCUCUUGUAGCAGCUUCAACCCAGACACCACUUGGCUGUGGCUUUUACCUCACUGCAAACAGGAGGAUUCACCAACAGACAGGUUCAAUAACGCCCUGAAGCAGAGGACAAUGCACACCAUGCAUGUACAAAGCAGCAUAACUCCACACGUGAUGGGAUUUUCAUAGAGACAAACUGUCAGCACUUGGGAGGCUUGGUGCACAUUUGCACUGUCGCAUCCAAUAGACUGACCGAGCUCAGCAGCCAUUAGAGAGAAUAAGAAAGAGAUGGUGACCAGGUGGUUAUUCUUCCUUAAGCACGUUUAUUGAAAGUUGUGAAGUGCAGCUGUCGAGUGCAAUUGUGGUAUGUAUGUUACAAUAUCUCAUCCGGUCUUAGCAGAAACAUGCACAGAACAUGAGAAUACAACUGAUACAGAUAAUGAAAAAAAAAAAAAAAA